UACAAACAUACCCAUCCCCAAAGUCUCAAAACCCUAGCCUCUCAUAUUGCAUCUUCCCUUGCUCCAACGCGGACGGCAGCACAGAAGACUGCUCCUAAGAGCAGAGGCUUGAGCUUUCUGGUCGCCGGUGAAGAAGCAGCAGCUGAUCAGAAGUUUUGUAUAAACUUUUGAAGAAGUGAAGCCAUGGCUGUGCCUUUGUUGUCGAAGAAGAUUGUCAAGAAGAGGGUCAAGAAGUUCAAGAGGCCCCAGAGUGAUCGCAAGGUUUCUGUCAAGACAAACUGGCGUAGGCCCAAGGGUAUUGAUUCACGGGUGAGGAGAAAGUUCAAGGGAUGCACCUUGAUGCCAAACAUUGGCUAUGGUUCAGACAAGAAGACCCGUCAUUAUCUUCCUAAUGGUUUCAAGAAAUUCGUCGUGCACAAUGUCAAAGAGCUUGAACUGCUGAUGAUGCACAACAGGACUUACUGUGCUGAGAUAGCGCAUGAUGUCUCCACGAGGAAGAGAAAGGAGAUUGUGGAGCGAGCCGCGCAGCUUGAUGUUGUAGUUACAAACAAACUCGCUAGGUUGCGCAGCCAGGAGGAUGAAUGAGCUUGUUAGAAUUACAAACCUUAUUUCGUAUAUCUAGCAUUGUUCAUUUUGGCUUUGGAAAAAUUUUCCCAAGGUUGUCUUCCAACCAGGGAUAUUUGAUUCUUGGCAGGGGAUGUUACUUUCUAAUGCUGCUAAUGGUUUUUUUUAUUAUAUUAUUAUUCCGGAUUUUGUAUGUAGGGGAAUUAUGUUUUGAUGCCUUUGAGUAAAAAUUCUGAGGUUAUGUUUGGUUUGUGAGAA